GAGUGUAUAUCCCCGUGUGAGUUCAGGAUGGGUUUAACAGCAGGAGAGUGGGUUUUGCAGUGGCUGUCGCGCGCAGUCUGGAGUUUUCUCUACGCGCUGUUUGUUCUGGUGUCGCCGCGACGCAGAGCCGAGAGAGUGUCUCCGCUCACCGACCCGCUGCUGCUCAUCCCCGCCACACAGCUGGCAAAGAAAAUCCGCCGCAGACAGGUGACGAGUGUAGAGGUGGUUCAGGCCUACAUCGACAGGAUCCAGCAAGUGAACCCACUCCUGAAUGCUGUAGUUAAGGACAGGUUUUCGGCAGCUUUGGCAGAAGCAGCUAAUGUGGACAGACUGAUAGAGGAGGAGACCGGCGGAGAGGAGGCUCUGGCAGAUCGACUUCCUCUACUGGGAGUCCCUUUAUCUGUCAAAGAGUCUUUUUUCUUACAGGGUAUGCCAUGCUCCACAGGACUAAUAUCUCGGGCUGACUUUGUUGCCAGUACUGACGCCCCUGCUGUGGCUCUGCUUAAGAGAGCUGGAGCCAUUCCUCUAGGAGUGACCAACACCAGCGAGCUGUGCAUGUGGCUGGAGUCUAACAAUCACCUGUACGGCAUCACCAACAACCCGUACGACACGACCAGGACAUGUGGCGGAAGUUCAGGUGGAGAGGGCAGUAUUCUGGGCAGCGGGGGCUCGGUGAUUGGUAUUGGUUCAGAUAUUGGAGGCAGCAUUCGCAUGCCCUGUUUCUUUAAUGGUAUAUUUGGACACAAAGGGACUCCAGGAAUUGUCAGUAAUGACGGUCAGCUCCCUCCUAGCUCAGGGCUUCAUGAGGAGUUUCUGAGUACAGGUCCAAUGUGUCGCUAUGCAGAGGACUUGCUGCCGAUGCUGAAGAUCAUGUCUGGAGCAAAUGCAGACAAACUCUCACUGUCCUCGGAGGUGGACCUGAAGAAGCUGCGUUUCUUCACAGUAGUAGAUGAUGACAAACCUCUGUGGACGUCCCCUGUGGACAAACAGCUAGUUGAAGCACAGAGAAAGGUCAUUCAGCGACUAGAGGCAGAUUUGGGAGUCAAAGUUAAGGAAAUUAGCUUUCCACAGCUGAAAUACGCAUCCCAGAUCUGGCUAUCCUGCAUGGCUUUGCCGGAUAAGGAUGGCAAGCCUCCGCAUUCUUUUGCGAAACUGAUGGCAGAUGGAGGCUCACCUGUUUGGCCAGUGUGGGAACUGAUAAAGCGGAUUUUUGGAAAAUCUAACCAUACACUACCUUCCAUCGGUCUGGCGCUAAUGGAAGGCAAACCAUCACCAUUCUACCUCAAACAGAAGGAGGCACUGCAGCAUGACAUGGACAAGGUGUUGGGGACAGAUGGUGUGCUGCUGUACCCCCCUCAUCCUCUCCUGGCCCCUAAACACCAUCAUCCAAUAUUCACAAUGUAUAACUUCAUUUACACAGGGAUCUUCAAUGUGUUGGGCCUACCUGUUACCCAGUGUCCUUUGGGGCUGAGUGAGGAGGGUUUGCCCCUCGGUGUGCAGGUAGUGGGAGGAAAGCUGCAGGAUCAUCUAACACUUGCUGUGGCUCUGUAUCUGGAGAAAACUUUUGGAGGCUGGAGAAACCCAAAAACCACCUGAGAAACUGGACCAUGUGGAGCUAGUGGAUUUAUACUUCUUUAUUAGAAAUAAUAAAAAUGUAUUACAAGUUUAA